GCCCGGCCAUGAGGCUGAGCCGGGCGGCCGUGCUGGCCCGGGCCAAGGCCGUCGCGCUCGAUGGGGUCCGGCGGCUGAACUGCUGGGGCAGCCGCCUCACCGAUGGAAGGGAUGUCCGGGUGAGAGGGAUGGAUCCUUCCUAGAAAGCAGCGUAAGGACGGCAGAGCUACUGGAAAGAAGAGCAGUGAGAUGCUGGCAGGGUGCAAAGGGUGGAGGCUCUGCUGAUUCUGUGCUGGCUCUGGCAGCAAAUCCCUCAGAUAUCGAUAUGCCGGGAUCUGCCCAACGUUGAGGUGAUCACAUUCAGGUGAAUCCCAAGCUGCUGGCCUUGGAAAGAGUGGAGAUCACGUGUUCCACACACCUGUGUCCUGGCAUUUGGUUUGGUGCUGCCUCUUAGAGUGUGUCUCCAAGCUGACAGCCUCUCCUCGCCUCUUUUCUCAAGCAGCAGAGAUGUGGAAAUGCUUAUCCUUCAGCACGCUCCUCUGCACCUGUCCCAUUGCUAUUUGUUCUGAGAGGGACUAAAAUGUCGUAGGGUUUUUGCUCCUUCUGUCAUUUUCCAUGAUUUAAAUGGGAUUUUCUGGGCCUCCACAUGAAGCCAGUUUGCAGAAGGCUGGUUGAAAUGCUUGGAUCUCUCCAAGCUCCACAUUUCUGCCAUCUCAUGUGGAGCUUCUGCUAUCUUUGAAAUUGAGCUUUUCAGCUUGGGAAUCUUCUGGGGGUUCUCCUUCAGCUUGGGAAUCUUCUGUGGGUUCUCCUUCAGCUUGAGCUGCUAGAGAAAAGGGCAUCAGUGUGAUGCAUGGUUGGGGGAAGCAAAAGCUGUUUGUCAUCUUCAGCAGAGAGCAGCGCCUGCUUUUUUAAUUCCUCCCUCUGUUUACAAAGAUGAAAUGCCAUCUUUUUGUUCUGUGCAAAGCCGUAGGCUCCUGAACACCGCCCUCGCUGUGUCGGUGUGAGGCUUCUCAGUGAAGCUGAUGCAGAAAAAGGGGCUGAAAAGCUGCGUGCUUCAGGGACCCUGCUCACCACUUAGGGCACAAUGAGGAGGGGUGGGCUGAGCCUGUGCUCUCUCUGCAGCCUGAAUGGCAUCUCAGACCUCGAGCCGCUGAACCAGUGCCAGAAUCUGAGCGAGCUCUACCUGAGGAAGAACAACAUAGCAAGCCUGAAUGAGCUCUUCUACCUCAAAAACCUGCCCCGGCUGAGGGUCCUGUGGCUGUCUGAAAACCCCUGCUGUGGCUCGGACCCCCACCGCUACAGGAUGACGGUGCUCCGCAACCUCCCCAGCCUGCAGAAGCUGGAUAAUCAAGCCGUGACAGAGGAAGAGCUGUCCCAGGCCAUGGUUGAUGGGGAGGAAAUCACGGCCCCACCAGCCAGGAGGAGCAUGGAGAACGGCUGCUCCGCAUCCACAGAGUCCAGUGCUGCCGAAUCCACAAUGGAGACUGAGAGCGAGCUGCUGAGCUUCGGUUUGGAGGAGACCAAGCUGUGCUGUAGCGGGGUGCUUGCUGGCAGCUGCAUGUGCAGACAAAGCAAAAUCCGAGAGCAGCUUGGUAUGAAGCCUGUUCCUAGGGAUAAAUUUUCCUCCUUCUCACCUCAAGAGACGGACUGUAGCCAAAAUACAAGAAACAACGUGCUGAGUGCCAUCCUGCUACUCACGAAGGAACUGGACGCAGAGGGUCUGGAGGUCGUCCAGGAGACAGUGGGGAGGAGACUGCAGGCCUUUCGGAAGAGGGAGCUGCAGGAGGAGUGAGGGUGUGUGCCGUGUCCUCCCUGGGGCAUUCGGUGAGGCGGGCAGCUCGGCCCCAGCCCAGCAGCACCACUCUGCCCAUACAUGCCUGGCUCAGCACGUUCCACCGCACUUCCCCUGCGGAUGGGGCGAUGCUGGCUGAGUGAAAGUGCCCCUUUAGCUCUCCUGACAUUGCCCCUGGCUGCGUGCAUCACGUUGGCGGGAUCUGCCUCUCGGGAGCUUUCCUGCUGGCGUGGCAGGCUCUGCUGCUGUGUGUGCGUCCUGUCACUGGGGUCAUUCGAUGGGAGCCACAGCGGGAUCAACGAGAAAAAGCUAGCGGGGCUGUGGGCAGAGGUGCUGCUGUGCUCUGCAAAUGAAGGGGUUGGCAAAGCCUGACAGCAGCCAGAAGUCCCACUGCUCCCUGUUGGCCGAGCUCUUGGCCAGUUGUCAUUCUGGGUCUGCGUAGAGCAGGCUCUGAAGGCAGCUUCUCUCACAAAGGUUUGUUUGAAUCUUGGAAAGACGCUGCCUAAAGGAUUUUCAAGAACUCUCUGGUACAGAUGGUGAAGGUCAAUGUCAAAUUCUUAAUUUAUCUUAAACUCCUGGUUUCUUUUGGCCUUGUUAGUACAAGCAGCAUCUGACUUGGUGGUCAGGUGGCCCAAAGAAGACCUUGAUUCAGCCUGGGUGAAACAGCAAAUCCUGAAUGCUCAGCUGUAGUUUCGCCCCUGCAUGCCCUCGCAGGCAUUAGAGCAGCCUAAGGAAAUUGUAACCUCGGAGCAAAAUAUCCCUGUGCAUUUGGGGAGAAAAUGAGCCAAGCAUUACUGUUCAAAUGCACAGGAAUCAAGGGUGGUGCUUAACUGAAAAAGCUGAAUUCAGAAAAAUUUUACCAAGCUGUUAAAUACCAUUUGAAACAUUGUGUCAUAGCAAAUAAAAGCCAUUUUCCCUGUA